GUCGCGAUGACGUCACUGAACAAGCCACGCCCCCCCAGAGCGCAGCAACCGGAAAAUCUCCAUUGGCUGAGGAAUGCGGCGACGUUAAGAUUGAUUAUUUGAAGUCAGCAAAUCAUGGCUGGCUUCAGGCAGGAGGAUGUGGAGCUCUACUAUGAAAUGGGAGAGGAGUUAGGAAGUGGACAGUUUGCCAUUGUGCGUAAAUGUAAAGAAAAGAGCUCCGGAUCAGAUUAUGCCGCCAAAUUUAUCAAGAAGAGACGGCUGUCAUCCAGUCGACGGGGCGUGAGCCGAGAGGAGAUCGAGCGAGAGGUGAACAUCCUUCGAGAGAUUCAGCACAGCAACAUUAUCACCCUCCACGACAUCUUUGAGAACAAGACCGACGUGAUCCUGAUCCUGGAGCUGGUGUCUGGAGGGGAGCUGUUCGACUUCCUGGCUGAGAAGGAGUCGCUGACCGAGGAGGAGGCCACGCAGUUCCUCAAGCAGAUCCUGGAUGGAGUGCACUACCUCCACUCUAAACGCAUAGCACACUUUGACUUGAAGCCAGAAAACAUAAUGCUGCUGGAUAAAAAUGUGCCGAACCCCAGAAUCAAAUUGAUAGAUUUUGGAAUUGCGCAUCAGAUUAAGGAUGGAAACGAAUUUAAAAACAUCUUUGGAACUCCUGAGUUUGUUGCACCAGAAAUUGUGAAUUAUGAGCCCCUUGGCCUGGAGGCAGACAUGUGGAGCAUUGGAGUUAUCACAUAUAUACUCUUGAGUGGCGCUUCUCCAUUUCUUGGCGAGACCAAACAAGAAACACUUACCAACAUUUCAGCUGUCAACUAUGACUUUGAUGAGGAGUACUUCAGCAACACAAGUGAGCUCGCCAAGGACUUCAUUCGCCGACUGCUGGUCAAGGAUCCUAAGAAGAGAAUGACAAUCGAGGACAGUCUCCAGCACCCCUGGAUCAAGGUGAUUAAGAGGCGUAACGUUCGACCUGAAGAGAGCGAGCGCAAGCCGGAGCGCAGGCGUCUGAAGACAACCCGUCUGAAGGAGUACACUAUCAAAUCCCACUCCAGCAUGCCUCCUAACAACACAUACAUCAAUUUCGAGCGCUUCUCGCAGGUCAUGGAGGAGAUAACCGCGGCUGAGGAUGGCCUGCGAGAGCUGGAGAAGAACCAGCGCUCCUGCGGGGAGGACGUGGCCGCUCUGCUCUCCAUCUAUGAGGAGAAGGAAGGCUGGUACAAGGAGGAGAACGAAAGCAUCGCAGCAGAUCUCAGUCAGAUCAAACAGGAGCUGCAGAAAGCACAAGCCCUGCGUAGACAGAGCCAGGAGGAGGCCCGAGCCGCCAUGCUGUCGGCCAAUGCCCUCAAGCGCAAGUUCGGUCGGUUGGAGAACCGCUAUGAAGUGCUCGCUGAGCAGAUGGUCUCUGAGGUGCGCUGGGUGGAAGAGCUGGUGCGCUCCAUUUCGGCUGAAAACGACACUCGCAGCAACAGUAUGGCUUGAGCUGCUCUGUUUGCUUUUAAAAUGCAACAACUCCUUAAUAUCUUUGCUUGGUAUGUGCAGGGCAGAUAUAGAGCAUUAAACUUUGCAAUAAGCUUCAUGUAAGCCUGUAGGGUUCAUGUUACUCUUAGAACAAAAGCAGCACAAAAUUGUGUGGGUGUGCAUGCUUUCAGAAUGUUUCCCUGUGCAUUGCAGUAAUCUUAUGUGAUGCUGGUCUAAAGCGCUUUCACUCGCCACCUCACAAAUAUACAUGCUGGAUCAGUAGAGAAAAGUUUAUUUACGACUUGAGUAUCAAUUACAGCACAUUAAUGUACAUUGUGAGUAAUGCACUACAUAGUCCUCUAUGAGGAAUUGAAGAAUCUGAAGGCGCCAGUUGCUUUUGUUGUGCUGCAUGUCCGCUUUUUCUAUGCAAAUCAAAUUCUAAUUUUAUGAUAUGAUAGACAAAUGAAAUUACUUCUAAACAUAUAAAAGUCCUAAAUGCUGUUUUGAAUGAUCUGUACAUAUAUUUACUCAGCAAGCUGCUUCUUUAUAUAUAAAUAUGAUUUAAUGGGAUGGUUCACUCAACAAGGAAAAAUCAUUUACUCACCCUCAUGCUCCAAACCUGUAUGACUUUCUUCUGUGGAACACAGAAACAUGUUUAUUUUUUGUCUAUAUAAUGAUAGUCAAAAUUGUUUUUGGACCCCAUUGACUUUCAUAGUAUGUACUGUACAAAAACAGCUGAAACAUUCUUGUAAAUAUUUAUUUUUUUAUUUUAUUUUUUUGCGUGUUCCACAGAAGAAAGAAAGUCGUACAGUCGUUUGGAACAACAUGAGGGUAAGUAAAUGAUGACAGUAUUUUUAUUUUUGGGUGGACUAUCCCUUUAACGCUUUUCUUUUGCUCAAAACACACACUUCAAACAUUCCAUUUUUUUUGUAUGACAUUCCAUAUGCAAAUGAGCAUCAUUAUCUCUUACAGGGAAUGGUUGUGGUCAUUUGUAGUUAAGUCAUAGCAAUAUUCAUGUCUUUUUGCUUACAGUACUGUACCCAUUGUUAUGUUGUUUUAUUUACGUUAAAAUUUUUAUAUAUAUAUAUAUAUAUACACAUCAGAAAAGUCCAUUCAAAUAAAAGAAUUAAAGAAGAA